UUUUUGUCACAGGUUAAUGUUUUUGUGGCUCCCGUUGUUAAGAAUCAGCUGAAUUCCAACAAUAUUAGUAUAUCCCUGCUAAGAAAAGGGGGCAGCAUUCUCCAGUCUCAGUUUGAAGCAACAGCAGCAAACCAUGUCCUCCACCCUGGAGAAGUUCUUCAGGUUCCUGGACCUCCAUCUCUGGGAUGCUCCAAGAUCUUCUUCAUAGAAUGCUCACCUUGGGAUGGUGUUGGAGGACAGAGUGCUCAGGCUCUAAGAAAAGGCCUGCAGAAAUGUUUGGACCUCUGUAAACAGCAGGGCUUUAGCUCAGUGGCCAUACCAAUCAUUGGACAUGGAAUUGUUCUGAAGUACUCUCUAAUAGAAGCUAUUAAAGUGCUGACAGAGAAGAUUAUUGAGUUUGGAUCAUCUGCAACUUCCGGGUCUCUCUCCAGCAUCAAUAUUGUGAUCCAUCCUGAUUAUUCGGACUCUGAGAAGACUUACCAUGAAGUCAGCAAAAACCUUCGCUCAAGUAUGAACCACGCAGGCCAAGCAAUAUUCAGGUCUCUCUCCGGUGACCUUGAUGAAGUCAUGAUGGCGUUGGGAGGCAACGUUCAACUACACCUCGUGUUUGGGGACAUCACCAACGAAACUACAGACGUUGUGGUGAACACAACAGACUUCAUCAAUUUCCACAAUGAGGGGGUGUGCAAAAACAUCCUAACACUGGCUGGACCGCAGGUGGAGGCAGAACUGAAAGCAGCCAAAGUGAACCGUGGAGACAUUUUUGUGUCCCAGUCUGGGCAGUUCCCUUGUAAAGCAUUUUUUCAUGUUUGCGGAGAAAGAGAUGCAAGUCUCGUUGAGAAACUUGUGUGCAACAUCAUAUAUCAGUGUGAGAAGUAUGGGUUUGAAUCUGUGGCCAUUCCUGCCAUCUGUGCUGGGGCUGGUGGGUUGGACCCCGGGGUUGCAGCAGGUGCAGUCCUUCGUGGAAUCAAAACUGCAACUUCAUCCAGGAAUCUUCGUAAACUCACCUGCAUCCACAUUAUCCUGAAUAGGAUUAAAGUUUUUCUGGCGUUCAAAGAGAGAGCAAUGCAGAUGUUUUCCCCAAUUACUAGGAAAGCACCUGCAAUGCCUCAGGUACGACAACAGUCACCUCCUCUGAUCACAGACCUGAAACUUACCAAUAUAAGUUCAGGAAGUCAGCAGUCCACCUUCAAGUUCAUUGGUCUUGGUAAAGAUACAGUUGAUGAUGCCAUGAAAAAGCUGAAGAGCCUGUACGAGACAGUGUGUUCCACUCAAACCAUCAGCAAAGAAGACAUGGAAGUCCUCACCCAGGAAGACGUUGAGGCCUUCAAGCAGCUGGUUGAGUCUGAGGGUCUGUUCAUAGAGGAGGACCCAUCAGGUGGCCUAACAGUGACUGGACUAAAAGAUGGAGUUACCCAGUUGAUGAUGAUGAUUCAAUCCUGUCUUCAAGGCAGUUUGAGAAUUGAGAUGAGAGUUAGAGAGGAGGAAGAUUUGUAUAAUCGUGUAAUGUGGUGCAUCUUGGACCAAAGAGGCAACUGGCAAAGAUUACCAAAAAUAUCAAACUACAAUCUGGAAAAGAGAGAUAUCGCAGCAGGAAUAGAGGAUGCCCAGGGUGUCACAUGGCAAGUAAAUCUGGAAGAGAUGGAGGCAACUGCAACUGGACAGAAGACAAAACUGAAGCGUCUCGAAAAUCUGGCAGACUUUAGCUUUCCUCUAUACUGGGAUAGCAUGACUGCAAAUGAGUCCAUGAAAGUGGUUCCACUAAGACAAUCUUCUACAGAGUACAAACUUGUAAAGGAGUCUUUUAAAAGGACUGCAAGACAAACUGUAAUAAAGAUCGAGCGCUUACAGAACAUUCAUCUGCGACGGGCCUACGAAGCACAAAAGAAGCACAUAGCCUUUAAGAACAAAACGCUUGGAGGAGAAAGGGAAAAGACUCUUUACCACGGGACAACCCACGAAAACUGUAAUUCCAUCAUGAAAACUGGAUUCAACAGACGCUUCGCAGGACAAAAUGCGACAGUAUAUGGAGAAGGAACCUACUUUGCUGUAAAUGCGUCUUACUCAGCACAAAGCACUUACUCCAAGCCAGGUGCUGACGGCUCUCAGCUGAUGUUUGUGGUUCGGGUGCUGACUGGCGUCUACGCUCAGGGCAAAAGUGGAAUGAAGGUGCCUCCACCACGCAACGCCCAACAACCCAAUGAGCGCUGUGACAGUGUGGUGGACAAUAUAUACAACCCCAGCAUGUAUGUUGUGUUCCAUGAUGACCAAGCCUAUCCAGAUUACCUCGUCACCUUCCGGGAAGUCUUCUUCAAAUAGUUUGUAGAUAAUUUUUUUAUUUUUUUUAUUUUUUUUACAAAGUAAGUAAUUGUAAAAUAAAACAGGAAAUGCAAGAAUUUUUGAGGGAUCCUUACUUUAUUUUUCUUUCAGACAAGACUUUUAUUGCAGUUUGUGUUUAACUCUUGUAAUUCUGUAAAAAUGCUGUUUGUGCAAGUUUAAGUUUGGACUGAAUUCAAAAAAACUUUGUAUGUAGUCAUUUAUCAU